UCCAGGAUGGCUUCUGGAUUCCAGGGCACAGAGGUGAAACCUCAUAUUCCAAAGCUGACCAGAGAGGCAGAGAAGCCUGUAAUGCUGACUCCCUCUGCCUUCCAGAAGCAGAUGUCUCUCACCACCAAGCAGAGGCUGGCCAGCAUUCCGCAGAUUAAUCUGCCCCAGAUUGUCCAGCAUCGAGAUAUGAGUGAGACCUCCAAUCACAAGGUCUCAGCAGUUGACCCAGACCAGACCUUGUUUCAUGUUUUCCCAUCAGAGGUGGUAUUUCAGAACUACGUCCCACACGAGGUCUGUGAAAUGCCAGUGGUUCUGAGGAACAGGGACAUGGUUCCUCGGCUGGUGAAGGUCACGAUGGAGAGUUCACCUUAUUUCCAGCUGGUUGGCCCCAGCGGUGCGUACCGUAAGGUGCCACCGGGCAUGUGUUCUAAUUUACGCAUUGUCUUCACCCCUGGGGAGAACAAGGAUUAUUUCCACCGUCUGCACCACUGAAAGAGAAGAGUUCAUUGUGCCAAUUCGGGCCAUUGGUGCCCGAGCUGUCCUGGACUUCCCUGACCAGCUGGACUUCUCGGUCUGUCCAGUCAAGUACAGCACCGAGAAGACUCUGAUGGUUC